AUGGUACGAACAAAUCGGGAGAUCUUAACUGGGGGGAAGAAGUAUAAGGACAAGGCGCAGCUGAAGCACCGGGUGGAGGAGGUGGUGUUUGACCGUGACCUGCGGAAGGAGUACUUGACCGGGUUCCACAAGCGGAAGCUUGAAAGAAAGAAGAAGGCCCAGAACUUCAUCAAGGAACAGGAACGGCUCGAGCGGAUCAGGGAGCGGAAAGAGGCUCGUGAGGAACGCAAAAAGGACCUUGAGACCCAGCUCAAGCUGUUCAAUGAUACCAUGAAACGGAUUAACGAUAUUAAUGACCUCAGCGAUGACGAAAACAACAACGAAGAGUGGGGAGGGUUUGACGAAGCUAAAGGUGACGAUGAUGAAGAUGAUGAUGAUGAAGAAAACCCUAAGGACACUUUAGUCACUAAACAAGUAUACGUUCGUGAAGAUGAUGGGCCUACUGACGCCAUUAUUGACGAUGAGACUACCGUUGAAGUGGAACCGAUGGAGAACCCGGUGAUUAAACAGAUGCAGGAAAUCCAACAAUUGGCUAAGGCCAACAACGUCGACUUGAAGCGGCUGGAGGAAGUAUUGGAGGAUAGCAUUAAGAAGGCUAAGCAGGUAGCGGUGAUCAGCGGCGUGGCUAAGCCGAAACCCAAGCUGAAAAAGAAGUUCCGCUACUUGACCAAGUCUGAGCGUCGGGCGAAUAACCGCAAGAUUAAGGAGAAGAAGUUUAAGAAGUAA